UUCAUGUGUAUGUCAGCCAGGAUACAGAAUGGUUUCUAGUAAUGGUGGAUCCUCCAUGAUUUGUGAAAAAUGCCCAGAAAAUAUGAGCGGCGUUACUCAAGAUGGGUGGAAUUGUAUUAUUUGCCCUAAAGGCCUAACUUCAGAAGGAAAAUGUAAAUGCCUUAAUAAUGAAAUAUUAGUGGAAAGAACUAUCGAUGGCAUCUUGCUUAAUGAAGCAUUGUGCAUACAUUGCAAUGAAAGUGAGCAAUCGUUCUCUGCUUCAGAUGCGUCAGGAAAUAGGUGUGUAAGGUGUGAACAAACAUUCAUCAAUGUAAGCAAGUCUUGUGACUGCAGCAGCCCAAACAUUUUAACUGGGGGAUUGUGUUUCAGUGCCGGUGAAAGUUUACCUCCAAAGGGAGUUGCAACUGUUCGUUUUGGGCAGCUGGGUAUAACACUGACAUCAGUAUGGUUUCUGAAAAACCUGCAGUCCUCAGCCUCUGCCUGUUGGUUGUACUCUAAUCUAACAGCAUGCCAAGCUCUUGGAAAUAUGUGUGUGAUGAAUAUGAACUCAUUGAGUUCUUCGGUUACUGAUGCCUGUGGUUUAUUUCAGUAUAUUUAUGUCAAUACAGCAAGGCUAGGCAUCGUUCAUUCGAUAGCCUUCUGGCGGCAUAAUCUUCCAUGGCUAUAUUACGGUGAUCAACCAGGAUUAGCAUCCCAAGUGCUUGAGGCAAAUCAUUUCCCUACAAUCUUCAGUUUUAAAGGAACAGAUAAGGAUGUAAAGCUGCAAUUUAUUGCAGCCUCAUUUGAUGCAGCAGGAAACUUCCUUAAAUGGCAAAGCUUGGAAGGAGGCAUCUUACAGCUUUGUCCCGAUACCCAAACCAAAUUGAAUGCAGCUUACACAUUUGGAACAACUUAUCAACAAAGUUGCAAAGUUUCAGUUUCCAAAAUUUUAUUAGAUUUUGCUAAUCCAAUCUUUUAUGACCUAUUCCUUGAAUAUAAUGGUGACAAUGGACAACAAUAUCUUUGGGCCGUGCCAGUUUUAAACUUGAAUCUUCAAUACAGUGAAAUGUUUGUUAAUCAAGGCAGUAAUAUGAACAACUGGCUUUUGACUCGUCGAUUUUUUUUGGUGGAUGCACUAAGUGGAAAGGAGAAUGACUUGAGAAAACUACCAAGAGUAAUUCGGAUCGCUAGCAAAAUAACAAUAAGUAUUCGUCUGGUAUCCCAUACUCAGAGAGGAACUAUCUACCCUCCUCUAAUUACUAUUGCUUAUACAGAUGUGCUUGUCCAAAACCCUGAAACCCAGACUGUGAUGGUUUCCUUCUCAGUCAGUUAUGAAAUGAAUCAGUCAGAGGCUCAGAUUCAGACUGACAUUACGCUGGGUGUGUUGGGUGGGCUAGCAGUGUUAUGGUCCCUUCUUAAGACUGCAGGCUGGAAGAGGCGUACGGGAAGCUCUAUAAUUGACCUACAGACAGUUUUGAAGUUCUUACUGUUUUAUGCGGGAGACCUUGCCAACGUUUUCUUUAUCAUCACAGUGGGCACAGGCAUUUAUUGGCUUGUGUUCUUCAAGGCUCAGCAGUUUGUCUCCGUCCUUUUACCACUUCCAUCUCAAGAAGAAGAUUUUGUUACAUACAUAGCAUGUGCAUUUAGUUUAAAGGCUCUGCAGUUCUUACAAUUGCUGGUUUCACAACUUACUAUAGAUAUUUUCUUUAUUGACUGGGAAAGACCUAAGGGCAAAGUUCUUAAAGCAGUUGAAGGUGAAGGUGUUAUUAGAAGUGCUGCUGCACCUGUGAGCAUAUGGAGGACAUAUUUUAUAGCAAAUGAAUGGAAUGAAAUUCAGACAGUGAGGAAGAUAAAUCCCCUCUUUCAAGUGCUUGCAGUUCUUUUUUUUCUGGAGGUGGUGGGAUUUUCAAACUUGGCUUUAAUGGAUUCUUCUUCCAGUCUUACAAGAAGCAGUGAGAGUUACAUAGCUCCUUGGAGCCGUAUUUUAAGAUUUGGGGUGUCUGCUGCACUCUGGCUAGCCAUUGCCUUCUUACAGAUUAUAUUUUUUUCUGUGUUUUAUGAAAGAUUUGUUGAAGAUAAGAUAAGCCAAUUUGUUGAUUUGUGUUGCAUGAGCAAUAUUUCAGUGUUUCUCUUGUCACACAGCUGCUUUGGUUAUUAUAUUCAUGGUCGCUCUGUGCACGGACAUGCAGAUACCAAUAUGGAAGAAAUGAAUAUGAACCUAAAAAGAGAAGCAGAAAAUCUAUGUAGUCAGAGAGGUUUAUUACCGAACACAGAUGGCCAGACAUUUCAGAUUUCCAUUUCAAGAAAAAUGCGACUGCACUAUGACAGGAUUCAUGAAAACCUAACAAGAAAACGUGGUCCUGCAAGGCUUUUGGAUUCAUCUACAAAUAGUUUUGAACAAAGCACAAGGGCAUACAACACCAUGAACAAAUUUCUCAGUUCUUUUAUUGAUCACGUUCAUAAAGAAAUGGAUUAUAUUGUUAAAGAUAAAUUGCUGCUUGAACGAAUUCUUGGCAUGGAGUUCAUGGAACCAAUAGAGAAGAGUCUCUUUUACAAUGAUGAAGGACACUCUUUCAGUGAUGUUCUCUAUUAUGGCAAUGAGACAACAUUGCUCAUCUUUGAUAUCCUGUUUUUCUCUGUUGUGGAUCUGGCUUCUCAAAGUUUUGUUUUAGCAGCUGUUCUAACAUAUUUGGAACAAGAGAUAUUUAGGUUUAUUCGUAAUACACUUGGACAGAAGAAUUUGGCAUCCAAAACCUUGGUGGAUGAAAGAUUUCUCAUUUAAUUAAGGAGAUGAAAAACUUUAUUGAGGAGUUAAUCGUGGAAAUUAUGUCCAAGAUCAAAGAAACUCUGACCUGCAGAUUAAUUGUAGUGCACUUUUCCGUAAUAAUAAUGUAAUUGUUUUGAAAUGUAUCAUUUUUUAUAUUGUGUGCUAUUAAACUUUAUUUUUGUGUAUUUACAAAUAUUUUUCAGAUUUGUGAACACUAAGCCAUAGGCCUUUAAAAGGAAAGGUACAUGAAAAUAAGACAGUAAGCUUGCUGUUGUUAUUCUUAGAAUAAGAUAAAAACUAUUUAAUGGCUUUUAGUGAGAUAUGGACCGUUCACUUUGAGGCAAUAAUUUGAACAUUCUGGCUGGCAAGAGAGGUGGCCAACUCAUAAGUUUUCUGAAAAUCCCUUAAUUUUUUUUUAUUUUUUAACAAAAAUUUAUUUUGAGGGAUAAUGUUUAGCAGAUGUAUUUCCAGUUUUACACAGGACAGGAUUUGUUCUGAAUUAAUAUUUCAAUAGGACUUUUUCAAGAUCACUUAUUUACACUUAAAAUUGAAAUUUUGACUUUUCUUUAUUGUGUCAUAGUAUUGUAUGCUUUUUUGUAAUUAUUUUUCUUGUGUGUGGACGACACGUAACAGAGUUUCCUUGUGUUUGAGAUACAGUACUGUUACAGUGAUGCAGAAGAACAGGCUAGUUACAAUAGUGCAGAGGAGAUGGUUAUAGGUGUUUGGGGUUUGUUCCUGAUCUUCUGUCAUCUGAUGCGAGAUGACCAAGAAAAUACAGUAAUUCUUCCGUGCUGUUUCCACACAAGUGAAGUAGAAGCAAUCGUUCUUAUCUUUUCAGAAGUGUUCUUACAGGUGCCUCUAUAUGUUCAUGUACCUCUGUCUCUCUUAAUUUUCUGGCUUUAUUAUCUUUAGAUAUAGCACAGAGGCCAUAAUCAUUUUACCGUCAGCAUAUUUUUGGAAUUUAAGCAAGUUAAUAAUUAUCCAAGUGCCACUUAUUAAGUGUUAAGGGAGAUUAUGAAUGGCCUUCAAAACACCUUAAGGUGAGGUGUCUACCUCCCAUUUGUAUCUCUGAAAAGUUUCCUUUUUAGAAUUACGUUUUUCAAUAAAUGGUUAAAUAUGAAUAGUGUUUGCUGUUUUUCUAGCUGUUACUUGUCUUUAGAUUACUCAACAAGGGACUUUCACCAGCAAAACCCCCAUAAAAAUGUAAGUUGAGGUUAGCAUGUUUAUUCCAAAACAGAGGCUGAGGACCUGGUUCGUUGGACCUCACAGAUUUGCGGUGCAGACAUGCUUAUCUGAGUUGAAGCAGCUUUGUAUUUCCGGUGUUUCUUGGCUUCAUAAAGAGUAACAUGUUCUUAUGUUGAUACCAUUAAUAUCAUGAUUAAUAUCAUGAUAUUAAACUUACAGUAGCAUGGACACAAAUCUCAGGGUCACUAUUGCUCUAAUGCAUUUGCUUUUGGUGUUGCAAAACCUGUGUAGUUUGCUAGGCCUAUAUAGUUGCUAUUAACUGGUAGAAUGUGUUUGCCAGUAAGGCUAUAACAGGGUAGAUAACUGUAGAGUUGAUUUUUAGCGGGACGUCCAUUUAUUAAUACGCAGUUUAGCGUGUCAUGUUUUCCUUACUUUUGUCUACUUAUGUGCACAAUUCUUAGUUUGUUGGUGCACACUUUGCCUCAAAAAAAGGUGUGAAUACAAAACUUCGAAGAGAGUGAAAUGUCCACUAUAAAUAAAAUUAAGGCUGUUGGCUUUAUAGUGAAUGUAGUUAUUAAGGUGUCCAUUUGGUUCCGGAUCUGUUAAAACAGCCAAAAAUUGAAUUUCCACUGAAUACCAUGACUAUAUGACUUCAUUAGUUGUGAGGUUUCUAUCAUAUUUCUUCUCAGUGAUCUACUGAGUGCCAAAACUGUAAACUAAGCUAAGGAGUCAUCUGAAAAAUGGUCUGCAGCAGGAAUUUUGCAAGGCAAAGUUAGGCUCACAUGACAUCUGUGUAUUUCAUUGUUUGGUAUCUUUGCAUAGCUUAACUAAACCUAACUAAACUUUCCAGAUCUUACAAGCCCUACUGAAAUGUCAGUGUACAAGAGGAGAUACAAUCUCUUUUAUGUGACCAUAUUUACUGAAAAUGACUGAUGUGACUUAAGGAGGUAGAGAGUUGCUGUGGUCCAUAAUUGAGCAAGUAUGACCCUAAUGAAUUACCCUAGUACAGAUCUUUUCUUACUGUCACUUUCUAGCAAUAGUACUGUGCGUCACUGUCAGUGGUAACAGGCACAAAGUUUUUCUCUGUGUGAAUUCUCAUGUGUUAUAGUCAUGAAGUUAUUCUGGGGAAAAGAACCACACUACAAACAUACCUCCUCCAGGAUGGUGUGAUUUAUGACCAACUUCAGUCAGAAUAACUAUAGUAACCAGACCUGGAUAAACGGGGAAUGCAAAAUGACAGUGUGAUUGUGCCAUCUGCAGACACGGACGUUUAGUUUUUAGUUUCUCCCUGUAUCAGUAGAAAUGGAGACGUUUCAGCAUGUGGGCUCUCUGUACCCUGUUCUCAGUGCUUUUGCUAACCUUUGCAUGCAAAAAUCAUGCUUUGAGUUUGCUUUAGAUAUGCCUUUAAUUAUCUGCUGCUCAGAAGGGCAUGUGAAAGCUUUAAUGACCUUGCAAAAACUACCACUAAAGGCAAAUCCUGUUACAAAUAAAUGUUGAAUUAAUCUAAAAAUGUCCUGUCAAAACUGUUCAGUUGCUUAUCCCCCUCUUUCUCUUCAGUGCACACACUACUCUGUUGUGGUUUAUUUUUCCAGGUCAUUUAUCUAAAAUGUUAAUAUAGCUAACAUAGGCACUCUACAUGAUUUAGGAAAUAAUUAUUAGGAAACAAAAGUGCCAGGAACUCAUUUUUUUCAUUCUUGCUGUCCAAUGAACACUUGAAACAUGUUGAUUGCGCUUUGUUCUCCCAUUGCUUUAUAUUUGUUUAAGAAAUAGCUCUUGUGAUUGUAUUUCCAACUUAAUGUUUUUCCUUUUUAAAAAUUAAUAUGCAGCUACAAUGUGUUGUUCAUGUGAUGAGUGUCUUUCAAGUUUCUUAAAUGUUUUGUUUAAUCACAUGGCAUUUCAAACUCUCCUAUCUGUCCCUCUGAGCAAUAAAAAAAAAAUUUCAAG